AUGAUUGAUGUGUACGGCUGUAGCUCUCCCUCUUCGCGAGGGAAAGAUUGGAAUUUGUUACUCUUUUCUGAAGUACAAAAUGGUGCUUCUUCUUGUUGGUCACCUGCUCUCUCUUACUCUCAUUCCUUCGUUUUCUUUUUCAAACGCAGCUAUCGUAGCCAUCGCCGUUGCCACUACCACAGUCGUAGCCACGACCGCAGCUACUGUCACAACCGCAGCUCCUUCCACUGUACUACUUCCUUCCUCCCUUCUCUCGUUCCUAUUUUUUUUCUUUCCCAAACACUGCUGCCACACCGCAGCCGCAACCUCUUCUUCUUUCACUGCUCUGUUUCCUCUCCUUCUCUUCCAGCCGCAGCUGCCACUGCCGCAACUGCCUCCCCUUAUCCUCUUCCUCUCUUCUUCCCUUUUCCUUUCUCUUCUUCUUCCUUUCCUUCUCUUCUUUCCCAGCUGCACUGCUGCAGUCGCAGCCUCAGCCACUGCCGCAGCCUCUUCUUCCUCCCCUGCUCAUCUUCCUCUCCUUCUUCUCUUCCAACUGCAGCUGCCAUCGUCGCAGCCGCAGCCCCUUCUUCCCCUUCUCUUCUUCCUCUCCUUCCCUUCUUCCUUCCUCUUCCUCCUUCCCUGCCACAGCUGCAGCUGCCACAGCCGCAACCGCAGCUACUUCUUUCCCUUCUCCUCUUCCUUCUCCUUCCUUUCUUCUUCUUCUCUUCUUCUCCUUCCUCCCCUUCUUCUCCCCGACGAACAGCACCUCCUCUCCUCUGUUUCCUCCUGCAGGAAACAGAGGUGCCGCCACUUCACCCGCUUCUACUUCUUCUCUUCCUCUUCUUCUUCUUCUCCUUCUUCUCCUUCUUCUUCUCCUCUUCUUCCCUUCUCCUACCCGACACCCCACACCUUCUCACUGCAGCCCAUGCCGCAGCCAUCCUUCUUUUUUUUCCUUUUUCUCUUCUUCUUCUUCUCCUCCCCACGCCCCACACCUCGUCUCCUCUGUUUCCGCCUGCAGGAAACAGAGGUGCUGCAGCCCUAGCUGCUGCCACCUCUUGCUCCUCUCCCACUCCCCUCUCUUUUUCUUCUUCUUCCAUUCUUCUCUUCUCCCUCUUCUUCCUCCUCUCUUCUUUCCCCUCUUCUUCUUUUCUUCUUCUCCUCUUCUUCCUUUCUCCUCUCUUCUUCUUCUUCUUCUUCUUCUUCUUCUUCUUCUUCUAUAUUUACAUAUAGGUCCUCCGAUUUAUAAAUAAAUCUUUAUUAAUAAUUUUCAAAAGUGAGGGAUAUUACACCAACAAAGCAAAAUUGAUUCUUUAAUAACCAGUUAUUUGUCUUAGUUUGCAGGGUCUAUCUAGUUGUCAUUUUGGUCAGUACAUGUUCGAUUGUGGCUAGAGGGAUAUUUAUCUCAGGAACAAAAUAUUUGGUUUAGCUAUCUGAGAUAAAGGGAGCGUGUGAGCCCAGAAACAUGUCUUGACAGCAUUUACUUCCUGUAAUAGGUUCCUUAUUCUUUUAGUUAAAAUUCUGGUGGUUCGGUCCUUAUGAAGGGUAAGGGAGCAAUGAGAUCCGUGUUGUGGGAGGAAUAAGAGAAGUACCUCAGUAGCAGCAACAGUUUAGCGCUUGCAUGACAAAGAUUUUGCACAACACAAUUCUUCAACUGCAUGCCUACUCUCAAAGACUCGAAGGAUCGUUUUUGCUGCUGUUCCCUUUGAAGAUGCAAGUCACAAUGCUGUUAGUGGUACGUAAUACGAGUUAUUACGCCUACUUAGAAAUAAUUGUGCGAAGUUAUCAUCACAAGGGUUGGGUCAUCCUGCACAGUGAAAUUGAGUCGAAAGCUGUGUCAGUUGACUAGGAUGGGAAUUGUAGUCAUGUUUCAAGAGGAAUUUGAGAAAUCAAUAACUUGUUUAUCGAGUUCUUAACUGGGCAACAUAUUAGGGGUUCUAAGGUUUGCCUUUCUGCCCAAGUCUUGGAUAAACCUACUAUGUUAUUCGAUGCUUAUGAUGGGCCAAAGUAGCAGAGAAACAUCUAUCAUAAAUCAAUUCUACACUUCAACUUCAAAGUUAAGCCAAACUCCUACUAUCCCAACUAAGAGCAGUUUCCUCAACUUGACUGACCAAAUCUAAUAAUUCUUCUGCCUUAGAGUGAAAAGCUAACUGAACUUUUAUGGCAACCGAUCUUUCCAAUGUGAUGAGAAGUUCACAUUAGGGCAUAGGUGCAAGCUAGUUGAUUUAAUCUUGGCUGGUGAAAAUGAGGAAGAGUCGGACGAAGGAGAAAUCAGCUUAGGAUUGAUGCUGCAUCAAAGUAAUAUACUGAAGUUUUGCUACAUAGCUGGACUGAUAAUCUCCAGUUUUGUUUUUCAUGAAAUUCUUAGCUCCUUUAUGUUGGAACCCUGUUCACUGCAUUGAUUAAUAUCAACUUAUUUUUGUCCAGUACCCAGUUUUGACACCUUUUUGAACUGAUACAUUAUCAGAAUUUGGACAGUAUACCAGCCUACAAUGCCUAAUAUCACUGACCAUAAUAAAAAUUGGAUACUGACCCAUACCAAGCUAUAUGGCAUGGUACUGGUCCUUGGUCUGACUGGUAAAUUCUGGCAUUUGAAACCUUGAUUGGCACUAGUUCAACCUGCAACUUUCUCAUCCUUGAACUAUUCAUAUUUGAAGCUCAAGAUGGAGUUAGUUCCACCUGUAUAUGUCUUGGUUGGGGAUUGACUGUUGAUUGGAUGCCUGUAGCAAUGCAAGCAGGUCACUUUAAAUAUUUAAGGCGAACUAAUCCUUAUGUGACAAGGCAGACAAUUCAGGAGCAUGUUUCUGCUCCUUUUGUCUAAAAAGAGUUGGAUUAUUUCAGGAGUUAAAUUACUCUCAUGACUUCUUUUAUUUGCUGUUCACAUGCUGAGAUAUGCACAACAGUUCAAAAACCCCAAUCAAGUGUGUUCAACCAGAUUGACAAAGGAACAAAACCACAUCGUGUAGGAGCAUUUUGGUAUCAGGGUUGAAAUAUCAGGGUUUCGCUAUUAGAGGUUAUAAUAAGGGAGCAUCUGCAAACUUCAGAAACAAGGAUGUUUUUCUUCUUCUGAAAAAGUGAAAACCCAGUUUGGAGGGCUAUUCCUAGUAUGAUUUCAAAUGAGGAAUGCAGUUGCUUAGAGCUUAAGAUGAAUCAAUUUCUCGUCUCUUAAAAGUUGUGGAGUAUUUAUAUUAGCAAAGUAUGGGUUGGAUAUAAAUGGCCAAGAAAUGGCUGGGUUCCCUAUCUCUCUUUUUUUCUUCUCUAUAAAUGGCUGGUUUCCUUCUCUCUCUUUCUUUCUUCUCUAAAUGUAUGAUCUAAAUUCAUCUCUUUUCUCUUUCAAAUUGCUCUCUCUCAAUAGUACAAUGGGUUUUGGGUGUUCCUCUAGUACUGAUAAGUUAAUGUACAUAGUUCAUGUAUGAUCUCUAACGAACCCCUGCGAGGUUUCAAUAUGAACAAACGAGAUGAGUAUAGGAAUAUGAAUCGGACUGAAGGGCUCUUAUCAAAUUUAUUCUUUUGUUAUUUGAAAAAGGAAAGCUUUGUCCAUGCUAGCACUCAUCUGCUUUUUUGUUAUCUUGACUUCCUGAUUAAAGUUAUUAAGGAAUACAUCUUGUUGCAUUUCUUGUGGGAUGAUUUUUGUUGUCGUCAUCAGUUAAGGUCUUUUGUAUGACAACAAAUGUUAAGAGUUUUGCAUAAGGUCCUCUUUGCUUAAGAUGACUUCCUCGGUGUCUG